AUAAUUUUUGAAGGUAUCAAAAAAGCUGAACCAUCAUCAAUCACAGAAGAGGCAAAUUUUCCUAAUCCAAGUGAUAAUGAAGAAUACCUCUUAAUAGCUAUUUAUCUGAAUCCAGAAAUGUUUAUCUGUUUUAGCAAGAAAUUAUAG